GCUUUAAUCACCCGUCAGCGCCACUCGCCGUCAAGUCAGCAGUCAACAGAGUACGAUCAACAGGCGAAGGAAACAGUCGGGUGCCGAUUCUUUAAAUCAAUUGAUUAUCUUUCCCGCAUUAAUUAUAUAUAGUUUUGGAAAUUUGCUGCUGUAAGUCUCGGGGGAUCAGGAACACGGCGAUGGCGUGGGAGAGAAAGAGGCGUCGCCCUCUCGUAACUCUGGCAGUUCUUUUGGUUUUGAGUUUUCGAGUGGAGGCGAAGGACCUGGAGGUCAAACGCCUGCAGAGAAUAGACGAAGCUUCAAUAAACAUUUUCUGCGCAACGACCAGUGCAGUCACACCCGAGGACGACAAAGACCAGUAUGAACUCAGCUUCAUGAAUCUCCAAGGCGAAAACGUUAUUCUUGUGGCCACGUCAAAAGCCUCCAGUAAUCCACAGGUGUUUGAAGUGGACGUCCAAAGCCUUUACGGAGGCAAGAUCGUCUUUACGUUGGCGCUAAAGAAGAAAGAAGAUCAGUCAGUCAAAGCGUCCACGGACAUGACUUUUGUAAUGCAAGACGUGUCCGGUGUGAAGGCCAGCUGGGUCGGCGCAAAACAGUCAACGGAACCGGGAACUGUGCUUCGCCUUUACGGGCAUGCCGUGAUUGUCCUGGCUUGUCCCGAAGGAGGCGAAGACAACAAAGACUGUCUUGAUUUCCUGCCGGAGGUUAAUUAUCGAGAAUCUUCAAGCCUCUCUGGUCCUUCGACUGUUCUCUGCAUGCGGACGGAGGAAGACCCAGCCCUGCCAUUUUGCUUGGUUUCUGUGGACAUUGAUACUGUCACAGAAACCCCUUACAAAGGUGAAGUCCGCCUGAGCCACCAAGAGGACCAAGCAGCGGCGCCGGAAGGAACCUUGACCGUAGCGAAGAGCAUAAGUGCCGGUAGUCAGCGCGACCUUCUGUACUGGAGCGAUGGAAUUCUUGAGGCAUGUCCAAGAACUUCCUCUUGCAAGAUUAAGGAGUUUCCGUCGAGUAAUAAUCAGUACGACGUCUUCUUUGUGGAUUAUCAAGAAGCAGACGGGGAAAUAACAGGAGCUUCCUUAGUCAUGGAUUUUGAAGAUUUCUCCCCCGUCGGGACUGUAAUCGAACCGAACAUGCUGGAAAUACGAUGGACGAAGACGACGGAACAGUACGGAUUACUCCUCACUGACCCCAACGGCGAUCAGAUUACAACACAGCCGCUGCCUCCGUUCACAUCCACUAUAGCGAUUUGCGUAGGCCUGAAUGAAUGCUUCGGAUACUUCGUCGAUUUGCCGCUGGGAGACUAUAAGGUGAUGGUACGCCCCUGGACUGGGUCUAACAUGAUCAAGACGAACAGCGUCUUGUCAUCGAAACAAACGAUUCUGAAUUCGGAAAACAAACCCUCAGCAGAUCUCGAAAUACAGGAAGUUCGCCUUGACUGGAGUAGCGAUGGGUCAAAGGCUUUCGCCAGUGUAUGUUUCACCAACAAGGCUGAAACCUCAAAGAACCUCUCACACUUUGAGCUAGUGAUAAUCGACCAAAAGGGGCAUUGGAUUCGAUCCCGAGGUGCGACACAGAAAACGGAAGAGACUGCCUGCUUUACAGGGGUAACUCUAAGUGACGAACUUUUCAUUUCUGGGAAAGGUACCGUGAUCGUGAUUGAGAGAGAUUUCGAUGGACUAAGCGUCGCGGCAAGUGCCCAUACCGAAACUUUCUUUAAAACGACCACUGACCUGACCAUCACGAAAUUCGAAAUCGUCGACACAGAAGAACAUAAAUUCUCUAUUCAUUAUUCUGGAACCUCGGAUACGGUGUCUGGAGGUGACCUGUCCGUCAUCAAUAUUAACUCAGAACCAGUAAGGCAAAUAAAUAUGGAAUUGACGGGCGUAACGGACACAGAGGCUGAUUUCGUCGCAUCGGAUAUACUGAUGACCUGGAUAGGCAACAACAAAAAUCUCCAGUGGGUGCUGCGCCUUCACAUUGGCGAUGAUAAUUUCAUGUUUGGAAGGGAGGAUUUCAUGUUUCCAGACCUGGAUACCUUCCCUACCUGCAACCCAGCUCAUCUCGUCGGGAAGAACCAAAUGGUGCGACUCAACUGUAAUGAUCAAUCGCUCGAGACAGACACAAUAGUGAUGACAGAUGACGACCUCGCCAUCCAAGCCAGCACGGGUGUCAAGGGCGUGAACUACCAUCUUUUGGGCGAGCCGGCUACUUUACCAGCAUACAUACAAUUGUGUAGGAACGCGGGAGGUGACGUCGAUAUAUGUACUAGGCAUAUUGAAGUGAAUGAUGCGACAGCCGAUGUUAGUGCUAUGACGGCGAUCAAGGUGGAGUACGAAAAUAAGAUCUCAGUAAAUCAGACUACUUCAGGCACAAACACCUUUGACGGCCUAGUGUACUAUUAUCAAAGGGACAGCGGUUCACCCACGAUAAAGUAUUGUGCUAAGGCUGAUUGUGAAAUGCAGGGAUACAUAGGCGUCGAGGAUAUUGAAGUCUUAGUCGUGUAUGUGGAUGACACGCAAGGGGAUCCUGUGGAGUCCCAGCAGACGACGGUGUAUGGCCUGGAGUUGAGAGGCAAGCAACUCUCGGACACGGUGUCUGAAUUAGCGAUUAAGAAAAGGCCAGACAGAGACGUUUACCAGGUCAUCAUUGAAAAUACCUCUGCCAAAGUGGAAACCACUGCCAAAGUGAUGUGCCAGGAUGUGGAUAUUAUGUGUUAUGCCUAUUUUCACCUAACGGCCGGUGCCAAAUAUAAGGCCACUGUCAGUCCCUAUGAUGAUAAAGCUGGAGAAGGAGCUCCUGAUGACAUGAACCAGAUUGUAUCACUCGAAAUGUCAGCAUUACAGUACAAGAGAAAGAGUGGUACUAAGGAUACGAAGGAACUUAUCCUGAAACAAGUAAACCGCGUGAAGGCGAACACGACCAGAUUCAGCACAGAAAUAAAGGUUUUUAACGGCGCCGAUGACAUUAAUGACAUCGCUAAUGUUACUCUGGUCAUCGUGUACGACAACAGUGACGGUAUAGAAGAAUACGAGGCGACAUCGAACAACGUGGGCGAUGGCGCUAUCCAGCAGAAUGAAGAGAAGGUCUUCCACUUCGAUAUCAACCCAACAGAAAAUGUCCUCAGCCCAAAAACGGCAACAGUGCUCUUCAUUGCGAAUGAUGAAAGUAACAAUGCUUUGGCGAUAGCAGAAGUGACGGUUGAAUUCCAGACUCUCGACCCCACAAUGAGCUGGGUCGGCGGGCCAGACACGGCGCCUCUGAGAGUCAACACGGACAACAAUGUGGAAAUCAACGGGGUUCCCUUCAGUACCGGAACAUCUUAUUCCUUGGUCUUCAAAAAUGCUCCUCCUGUCGAAGUGUGCGUGACCCUCGACAACACAGCGCCCGCCGGAGGAACAGUCAGACAAUGUGAUCUGACUCGGUCUAUUGAAAGCUUCAUAGAUAUGGUCCUGGCUGAAGUAGAGCUGAAUACUAGCGAAGAAAAACAUAACAUGACUGUAAUCUCGACGUUUAAUGGAAUGGAAGCUGUCUUGUACAACCCCGGGGACAGCGGCCCUGUAAACGUAACCUUUGCUUGUGACACCGUGAACACAUGUUUUUCUGACAUCACUGAUCAGAUGACAAAUUUAAACCCCGUGUUCAAAGUGCUUGUCGUGGGCGUGGAUGCACCAGGUGUCGUUACCGGCGCAAAAGUGGUAGAAUUUGAAGAUUUCCAGACUCUUGUCCAGAGAUUCAGUGACGCUAGCGACCUCGAGGUUAGAUGGCAAUCCUCCAGCAACCAAGAUUUUAAUGUACAUCUUGAGAAUGACAUUCCCGAUGGCUUUACUGACGUAGCCGUUCAGUGUGGCGGGAAUGAACAAAGGGCCUGCAAAGCAUACUUCACCAACCUGAAACCAGAUACGCCUUACACAGCGAAAGUGAUUAAGGGUAACAUAGCUGUGUCUUACAGUUCCCCGGCGACCGCAGGUACAACCACCCCUCUUUCCAUUACUCAUCUCUACGAGGUGUCAACAUCUCCCUUGCAAACGAAGCUUAAGUUCUCGGUCGGAGCAGAGGUCACAGGGGUCGAAUACGUCGAAUACGUGGUGAUCGACACUCCUACCGGUGGCGAGGCAGCGCAGCGCAUCGUGUUCAAUGACACCACGAAGAUCAUUGUCGCAGGAGACAACAGCAUUACAUUCGAUGUUGCGGAACUGCCGAAUCCAGGCGCAGUGUCGACGGUUCUGGUGGUUGUCCACGGGGCUGACGGUGUCUACUCCGAAGCUCUGGCUGCCGGGAAAGUCACAGUGGUCUUCGAAGUUCUCAGCCCCACAAUGAACUGGGUCGGCGGGGCAGACACGGCGCCUCUGAGAGUCAGCACGGACAACAAUGUGGAAAUCAACGGGGUUCCCUUCAGUACCGGAACAUCUUAUUCCUUGGACUUCGACUAUGCUCCUUCUGUCGAAGUGUGCGCGACCCUCGACAACACAGCGCCCGCCGGAGGAACAGUCAAGCACUGUGAUGUGACUCGGUCUAUAGGAAACUUCGAAGAUAUGACUGUCGAAGGGAUCGAGCUAAAUUAUAAUGCAGGAGAGCACGUCAUGACUGUGUCCUCGUCCUUUGCUGGAAUGGAAGCUGUCUUGUACGAUGCCGGAGCCAGCGGAGUAAUACCCAGAACCUUUUCUUGCGUCACUGAGAACAACUGUUCUUCUCCUGACAUCAGUGAACAAAUAUCAAAUUUAACUCAAACGUUCAAGGUCCUCGCCGUGGGUGUGGAUGCAGGGGCAGUCACGGGGGCAAACGUGGUUGACUUUGAAGACUUCCAGGUCCGUGUUCAGCGAUUCAGUGCCGCCGGCGACCUCGAGGUUAGGUGGCGAGCCUCCAGUGAGCAAACCUACAAGAUCCACCUGGACACUGAUGUUCUAGACGGCUUCACUGACGUAUCCGUACUGUGCGGCGGGGCAGAAGCGGCCGAGAACAGGGCCUGCAAAGCAUACUUCACCAAGCUGGACGCAGAAACGCCCUAUAAGGCAGAGCUGCAAAGGGGUAACACAGUUGUUUCUGCCACCGUGCCUACAACGCCAGGAGUUUACACGCCUGUCACCAUUACGCGCUUCACGGAGGUAUCUACAUCUCCCUUGCAAGCACAGCUCACGUUCUCGGCCGGAGCAGAGGUCACAGGGGUCGAAUACGUCGAAUACGUGGUGAUCGACACUCCUACCGGUGGCGAGGCAGCGCAGCGCAUCGUGUUCAAUGACACCACGAAGAUCAUUGUCGCAGGAGACAACAGCAUUACAUUCGAUGUUGCGGAACUGCCGAACCCAGGCAAAGUGUCGACGGUUCUGGUGGUUGUCCACGGGGUUGACGGUGUCGACUUCGAAGCUCUGGCUGCCGGGAAAGUUGUAGUAACAUUUGAAGUUAUAAACCCCACAAUGACGUGGGUCGGAGGCAAAGAUACGGCGCCAUUGCGAAUCGUCACCAGUCAGAAGCUGGACGUCGACGGGAGUCCCUGCGACGCCGGAACGUCUUACGUCCUGGAAGCCGUUUCGACUCCACCCGAACUGUGCGUGGCCCUCGAGAACGCGGCCGACGGAGGGACGGUGCUGCAGUGCGACGUGACGCAGACUAUUGAGAACACAAAAGUAUUGAGCAUCGAUGGGAUCGAACUAAAUUAUAAUGCAGGAAAGCACGUCAUGACUGUGUCCUCGAACUUCGCUGGAAUGGAAGCUGUCUUGUACGAUGCCAGAGCCAGCGGAGCAAUACCCGUAACCUUUUGUUGCGUCACUGAGAACAACUGUUCUUCUCCUGACAUCAGUGAACAAAUAUCAAAUUUAACUCAAACGUUCAAGGUCCUCGCCGUGGGUGUGGAUGCAGGGGCAGUCACGGGGGCAAACGUAGUUGACUUUGAAGACUUCAAGGUCCGUGUUCAGCGACUCCCUGCCGCCGGCGACCUCGAGGUUAGGUGGCGAGCCUCCAGCGAACAAACCUACAAGAUCCACCUGGACACUGAUGUUCCAGACGGCUUCACUGACGUAUCCGUACUGUGCGGCGGGGCGGGAGCGCCCGAGAACAGGGCCUGCAAAGCAUACUUCACCAAGCUGGACGCAGAAACGCCCUAUAAGGCAGAGCUGCAAAGGGAUAACACAGUUGUCUCUGCCACCGUGCCAGCGGUGCCAGGCUCAGGGAUACUAGUGACCAUCACUGAAAUCGCCCAGGUCUCGGAGUCGCCUCUAAAGAUGCAACUGACGGUCACGGCUGACAACGAGGUCAUAGGCAUUGAAUACAUUGAGUACGUGGUGAUUGACCCUCCUUCCGGCAACGAGGCGACACAACAAAUCACCAUCAAGGACGUGCAUUGUGUCAUUAACGUGGACACGCCCGUGGAAUUCGACGCUCAACAGCUGCCAAACACCGGCGUCGAGGUGACCAUUCUUUUCGUCGUGCAUGGCAAAGUCGACAAUGCGCUGGCGGCCGGGAAGGUCGUGGUGACCCUCGAUGAUUUAAAGCCAACCAUGAACUGGGUCGGAGAGCCGGACACGCCGUCUCUGAGAAUCCACGCAUACCAGGACCUGGUGAUCAACGACAUCCAGUUGGCCGCAGGAACGUCCUACUUACUGAACUUCGACGGCGCUGCCUCUAACUUCGAAGUGUGUGUGACCCUCGUUACCACAGUGCCUGCCGGAGGAACAGUUAACCAGUGUGAUUUGACACAGACUCCAGAAAAUGUUGCUGACAUGGAAGUGCAGAGGGUCGAACUGAGCCACGAAGCGAAUGGCAACUCCACAAUAACCGUUUCGUUGACAUUCACAAGCAUGGAGGCUGUUUUGUACAAUGCCGGAGACAGCGGGAAAGUAUCGGAGAGUUUUUCGUGUAAAACCAAGGAUACAUGUUCAUCUGACGUCACGUCAAUACUGUCUGGACUAAAGACCACGUUUAAGUUCCUUGCUGUGGGUGUGGAUGAUACCGACACCGUCACAGGGUCCAAUCUGAUUGAUUUUGAAGACUUUCAGACUAGUGCCCUGAGGUUCAGUGACGUCGGCGAUCUCGAGGUCAGAUGGCGAGCUUCCAGUGACCAAUUAUUUGAUGUACACGUUAACAACAAUAAUCCUCUAGGCUUCAAUGACGUAUCCGUUCAGUGUGGUGGGGCGGGAGAGGCUGAGCAAAGAGCUUGUAAAGCAUACUACACCAUGCUGAAGGCAGGUACGUCGUACAGAGCGGAGGUGAAGAAAGAUAACGUGAUCGUGUCAACCGCAGUUCCAUCAGCUUCAGCACCUGUCAUGGCCCUUAAUAUCAGUCGAAUCUCCGAGGUGUCCAUAACGCCCUCGCAAACACAGCUGACGGUUUCGGCUGCAGCGGAGGUAACCGGGAUACAGUACUGGAACUAUGUUAUGAUCGACCCUCCCGAGGAUAAUAAAGCUCCGCAGCACAUCGCUUUCAGUUACGUCCCCGGCAGCCUUAACGAAAGCGGCGUCAUUAUCACGUUCGAUGAUGCUGAUCAGCCCCAAACUCUGGUGGAGGUGACGGUAUUGGUGGUUGCUUAUGGGGCAGAAGGGACGGACGGUGACAUUCUAGCUUCUGGAAUAGCCCGUCUGUACUUUGGAGACUUGGAACCUCCCAAAAUGACGAAAGUGGGAACAGAGGAACUAAAAUCUCUGAAGGUUGAAACGGGCGGUUUGGACGUUAGGGUUAAUGGCGAAACCUGUCGUGCCAACUCCGUCUGCUAUUUCCUUGAGGUUGAUGACUAUGUGGAGCCUCCUGAAGUGUGCCGAGAUACAGGGUCGGACGUGGAACAGUGUGACAUGACCGGAAGCUAUAUUCAGCCAAAAGCUUUGGCUAAUCCGGUCGUGGACCUGAUGUACAGAGGCAUCCCGGAAGAAGAGUUGACUAUCACUGCAGAAUUCGAUACCAAUUCCGUCACCAUGGAAACCAUGAUCUAUGAUGAUGCUGGAACAGAGACAUCGAGUCCUUUAACAUGCACCAUCGAAAGCAGUUCCUGUGUGUUUACAAUGGCACCACAGAACACUAUAUUUAAAAUCUUACUGAUGGCUUUGGAUAACCAGGUCGAUGUGGUUGAGUCUAAUGCCAUUGAAUUUGAAGAUUUCCAGACACGCAUGGAACAGCUUUCCCCCAAUGCACUCCAAGUUUCAUGGAGAGCUUCACAAGCCUCAAAUUACACGGUUGAAUUGCACCCUCCUCCGGAUGGCUUCCCCGCCGUAUUGACAGUGGAAUGUGGUGGUGACCAGCUAGAGGACCGUAGGCCGUGCAUAGCGAUCUUCCUUGGACUAUCGGCAAGUGAGGGAUACACGGGGAAAUUAAGCAAAAUAGACGACGGAACAAGAAGUGUGUCGGCUUUCUUGCAAAUGGAAGAAGAAAGUAUUUCCACGCCUAUAAUCAUCACGAGCCUAAUCGCGAGGGAGGAGGCAGACAAGACGCCAAGUCUCUCCGUGUGCUUCAGGGACGACCUGCUCGCGAACAGGAAGAGCAGAGACGUCAUGACCCAAACGGGGAACCUCACAUACAGCUUGGUGGUCGUGGAUGCGUCCGGCCGUCACUUCCUCUCGCCUUCAGAUCUAUCGUCUCUCUCGUCGUCCACCAACGUCGAGGACGACUUGUGCUUCAGUGCCAUUUCGCUCGGCCCCAACUUCGACUUGAGGAAAAAAAUGAGGGUCUUCGUGAAGCGCGAGGGUACGGGUGGCGAAAGAGUCCGCGCAGUUGGGGACAUUAAGGUCCAUCUUUUGGACCCACAGGGACUAGUAGACGUGAGGCAAAUAGGACCAAGGACCGUGAGAGUGGGAUGGAAGGACGUGAAUCGGGCCCUGGGUUACGAAGUCCGGAUCGGUGACCAACGUCUGGCAGCAGGGUGCGAUGGAGAUUCCGAGACGGAGUGCAUACGAUACCUUCACGUGGACAGAGGAGAAUCAUCUCUUUUUGUCACGUUGAAGGCAGUGGGUGCGCGCGUGAGCCAGGAAAUCGAGGUGCCCCUUUCGCUUCGAGACCUGUCGACCCUUCGUAUAUACAGCACUGCCUUGACCGAGGACAAUCGCCUGCGAGUGUGCUUCGACCCCAUCCCGAAGGCGUACCAGUAUCUCCUAGGCCUAGAGGACGAGAAAGGCCUUGUACUGGAGUCCAGGCGGGUCUUCCCCCAGCAGGAGGACGACUUAACCUGCGUUCUCAGCGCGGAAGAGGUCGACUUGGGAGGUCACUUGUCUCUGCGGACGCUUGUCACAGCCUUCGAUGCCUCGGAUAAGCCUGUGGCCUCAGGAACCGCCACCGUACAGGAAUUCUUCCUUAGCCCCAAGAGGAAGGUCUUCGCCGUGGCCAACGAGACCAACCACGACCUCAUCGCGACUUGGUUCCUCCUCGACGACCCAGAGAAAGUCACCACCUACUACGUAACCCUCGAACAGGCGACCGGUGGCAGGAGGAAUGGCGACCCGGUGGUACUAAGCAGAACGAGUACGUCACAUGUUUUCGAGGGCGUGACAUCGGGGCGUUACUCCGUGUGCGUCGCUGCGUCUGCCGAAGGUGCUGGCACUGUGUUCAAGAGUCGAGAAGUGUGUAGCGGCAUCGUCUCCGUCCCUGGUGCUAUGGUCGAACUCCCCGAAGUGGCCGAAAUGGAAGUGAAAUCCACCGGGCUCGACAAGGUACUCGUGACGUGGCAGAAGACCGAAGACGAAGCUGACGUCACCAGUUACGUCAUAACUUGGACGAAAGCCGCCCCGAGUACGAGGAACCAGGCUAGACCAAGGCAACCACUCCUCCUCGUGGCCCAGGGCUUCAGGGACGUCGAACAAGGGCGGCAUCACAGGAUCAUCCCCGCGUCGAGUCCUAGCUUAGAGGUCCUGGCUCUCGAUCCCAGAGAGGUCUACGAGAUCUGCGUCAGCGCCGUCAGGAAGGGCGUUGCGGGAAAUCACAAAUGCAAAGGGAUUGAACUCGGGAAGGACGACCCUGUUGACUCUCCCACUGACCUGGUCUUCGAGAACGACCUCCUUAGGUGGAACGAGGUCGUCUCGGCGUCUGGUUACCUCGUGGAAUGGCGGCCUCGACUUGGAGGAAUCAACCAAGGAGGUCAGGAAGAGGUCAAGGCGACGAGUUGGCCGGCUGGAAACCUCUCGCCAGGGCGGUGGGUGGUGAGCGUAAGGGCGGAGACGGAGACGAGUGCUAGUAAGGCGGUAUCUGUGGAAUAUCUUAAGAAGGGCAUAGAAAUCGUCUCAGCUGUUCAGUCCAAAAACAAUCAGCUGUUACUCCGAUGGCAAGAGUUACCGAGACCUCCCUGUGCCGAGUCGAAGUGCAACUACAAAAUCACAAUCUCCCACGAUAAGGCACCCUUCUGGCACUCUUGCUCGGGGAUGAAGGACGACUGCGAGAGGGUCAUUCAAGUAGAAGGGGGCUCUCAGGUGGAAGUGGCACUGGAAAGAGAUGGAGUGAAGAAUUCGAUAAAGGAAGUGAUUUACGAUUUCUCAGAAGUGUCAGGGCUGAGGCAGCGAUCCUCGUCAGGUGUCAGGGCAGUGACAGUGUCAUGGACUGCGGUAGACGAAGCUGAAAUCUACAACGUGACUUUAUUCAGCGACAGUGACCUAGCCUCCAUUCGACACACGGAGAUGAUUGGCCGGGAAACGCUGACACUGCAAGAAGAUAACACGGCUGGCAACGUACUUCUGAUUCAACCCUGCACAGACAAGCAUCAUUGUGGGACCGGCCAGAAUAUCACGGUGAUGUCAGCUGCAGACCCGUCCUCGACUAACGUACCUAUGUUCGCCACCUCGGUCGCGGUCGGCGUCCUCCUCCUUAUAGGCGUCGUCUUCGUGGCUGUUGCUGCUGUUAUAAUGAAGAAAACGAAAAAAAGGCAGAUGGAGGACACUUGCCGUCUUGAGGAAGUUAAUAGAACGCCCGCAGAGAGCAGCCUGCAAAGCAUAGGCCCUGUUCACCAAGUCAUCUCGCUGUCAACCAUGUCUGUUGAGGAGAAUAAGCAACAGUGACACUUGGCAGUUCGAGUUACACCUUGUUAAUUCCUAGUUAAGUUUCGAUAAUUUUCAUAAUGCGCGAUCUCUGGCCUGAAGAUAAUACUUCGUAACUGGAAGCGAAUGUCAAAAUCUGUGAUACCUGGAGAUAUUUCGUCUGUUUGUAAGCAAUAAAGAAUCUGUUGA